AUGGCAAACGAUCAGACUACACCAUCCAAUUUGGCCCUCUGCGUUACUACCGACGACUUCGAGGCAGCCGCAAAGAGAGUUCUCCCAAAUAAAGCUUGGGUCUACGCCUCCAGCAGCGCAGCUUCGGGUCUAUCUCUCCAAUCCAAUCUAGAUGACUGGACACGAAUCAACUUUCGACCUCGCAUCAUGAGGAGUGUCAGUUCACUAAAUCCAACCCGGUCUAUCCUGGGUCAACCCGGCAGCCAACCAUUCUUCGUCUCGGCGAUGGGAACUCUGGGUAACGCACACCCAGGCGCAGAGCCCUUGCUGGUACGAGGAGCGACCCGAAAGGGCUUACAUACCGUGGUCAGCACGGCGACGAGCAAGCCCUUGGAGGAGAUUAUGAAGGCUCAUCUCGACGAGCAGCGUCAACUUGGAAAUCAAAGCCCAUCCAAGCUCGCGUUCCAGUUAUACGUCCCAGUGGAUCGGAAUCUAGCCCGAUCCCUGAUUCGCAGGGUCAAGGCUGCUGGGUAUCACAGUCUAUGGAUUACCGUAGAUACUUCUACGCUCGGUAAACGAACGGCAGAUCGAUACUUGCAAGCACAAGAAGCUCUAGAUCAAGGAACCAGUCAGACAGUCCGAGAAGCUGCGGCCGACAACGCCUUUGGCCCUGCAUUUGGAGGGCGUCCGGUGCCGGGAUAUCUGGAUCCUGGUCUCAAUUGGGAUGAUUUGGAGUGGAUCUCUGAGGAGUGGAAUGGGCCGAUCGUUCUGAAGGGGAUCCAGACCGUGGAAGAUGUCAAGUUGGCGGUCGAACGCGGCGUGCAAGGUGUACUACUGAGCAAUCAUGGUGGCCGGCAAAUUCACUCAGCUCCCAGUGCCCUGAUGACUCUGUUAGAGACUCGUACAUACUAUCCGGAAGCCUUCGACAAAUUGGAGAUCUUUGUCGAUGGGGGCCUUCGGGACGGUGCCGACGUUCUCAAGGCUUUGUGUCUCGGGGCAACGGCGGUGGGAGUGGGCAGGCCAUAUUUUUACGCCAUGGCAGCGUACGGUAUUGAAGGCGUGGAGAAGUGCACUGACGUUCUCGCCGAGGAGGUUGAGAUCACCAUGAAAAUGCUCGGGGUUUCCUCGCUCGACCAGCUACGACCGGAUAUGGUAAACGCCAGUCGAUUGUUGAAUGAGAUGUGGCGCCCAGAUAUCUGGUGGAACAAAUCCAAGCUUUAA